UUGUCCUGUGAACUUCGUCGCGCUGCGAGGUCCUGCGAGAUUCCGCAUUUUCCUCUUCUGGUGUGAGUGCUACGUGUUUUGUGCGCGUGUGUAUGUGUGUUUCUGUGUGAGGGCGCCAAGUUUUUCGGUGAGACUUUAACCACCAGUAAACAACAACAGAACAGAGACAGUGACAAAAAAAAGCAGAAGAGGGAAAGGGCGAAGGACGAAGGACAAUACAGCCUGCGGCCAGGGAAACCGCAAUCAAAAAUUGUAAACAAACUCUGGAAAUUGAGAAAAAUCAACAAAGGAAAACGACGCCGCCAAGUAGGCAACAAUUCCGCUGCUAGCCAACAUGGAAAUGGACGUUAAUCGCCCGACUGGCCGCCAUGGCAACCUAAUGACCAUAUCCGCCCGCUGCUCCAAUAACAACGCAGCCGACACUGGGGCAACAAGGACAUUGGCAGGAGGUGAGGCAGCUUCUGGGGCGGCGCCUCCCAGCGGCUGUUGCGGCAUCUUGAGCCGCCUCCUCUGUGUGAGCCGCCACAAAGCCACGCAAUCGGUGGCAGGCAGCGACCCCUUCUCCCAGCUGCAACUGCAGCGCAAAGGAGUCACUGCUGGCGGUGCAACAACAGCUGCGACUUCCGGACAGCGACGCCGAAGGACGCCGCAGGAAAUCUACUUCGAGAGCCGCGGCAAGUCCUGCAAGAAACUAUUGAAAUUCAAUGGCAAUUCCAACAAGAUUCUGCUGUAUCCCGAGGAGGGUUGGGCGCGGACCGCCUCGUCCAGUUACUGGACCAUCACGCCCUGCUUCUGGCAGCCCAAUCGCUGUCGCAUCGUCGAGUGCUCCGGAACCCAGCGGCGCGCAACGAAGGCCCGGAUGCUGCCCCUGGAGCAGCAGGGCUCCCUCCUGAUUGCCGGACACUUUCGCCGGACAACGGCGGUGGGUGGAGGAGCGUCAUCGCCCGGCGCAGGAGGGGUAGCGGGCUCCGGGUCGGUAUCUGCGACGCCCACUCCUGCAAUACCUGCCACUGCAGUCCGGCCGGGGUCAACGGGUUGUGACAAGUCGCCGCCCGCGUGGAACGACGAGUUCAAGCUGUAUCUGACGUCGAACAUCUCGAUGGAGGACUACAACAUGGGCUACUGCCUCACCGGGUUCGUGGAGCGCCGCUGCCAGGUGACCAACACCUUCCAGAUGACUCACUUCGCGGUUAUCAAGCGCCAGUGGCCACCGUCGCCGUCCAACCUGGGCAACUCCUAAGGCCCCCGAAUCCCACUUUAGUAAUUGUGAUCCGAUCUUUUGUUUCGAAUUGGUAACGAAAUGAAAUCAUAUAAGCUGGUUGAGGCUGCUUUCACUUUCAGAGAGUUUUUUAAGUUAUAAUAAUAAUUCAAACUGCUUGAAGGUGAAAGCAGACACAGUCCUCAUACGUACCGAUUAAGUUCUUAGCGUUUAAGUAGAGCCAAAUGUUUGUUGUGCAAUCUCGAAUUAAAAUCAAAAUAAAUUUCGAAAAAUCUAUAGAAAAUGUAUCAUAAAUUGCCGAGGCCUCGAAACCCGACAGCCACUAGAUCGUAAGGCUUAGAAAGCUAAUGGCAGAAGGGAUCUCUAAUGAUGCACUGCACUUGCCCUAAGCUACGAAAUUCCGUGCAUGUUUAGUGCGUAAAUUGUAAUUUUAACUAAAUGUGCAAGAGAAAUACGGAAAAUACGGAAAAUGCGGAAAAUAGGAAACUAGGAAACCAAAACAAAAACUUUACGUGUGCUUUCAGUGUUGUGUAAUUUGAAAAACGGAAACAAACCGGAAAAAAUAAGCGAAAAAACCAAAUACUAGUAACUGUUAAAUGCUAAAUGAAACUAAACCGCUUUGCUGGCUCCCACACACACACACACACACACACUGGCACAGUCACAGGCACAGGCACCCACUCACACACUCGCACACUUAAGCUUGGGCAGCUACUUAAUGCUUCAAAAAAGUGCAACAAAUUGAAACUUGUGCUUGUCGAAGCAUGUGAUUGUGAGUGCUCCACUAUAAGCUGCUAUAGUAUAUUUACGAGCCUGUGUGCGUGUGUAUGGGUGUAUGGGUAUAUGGAUGUACCGUGUGUGUGUGUGAGAGCUUGUACUCUUUUCUACUACAUACAAAGAUGUACUUUAACGGCCAUGUUUGCGAAACCUAUUGCCUUUAAGCUUUAAAAUAUAAGCACAACUCGACGCAGGCAAACAAGUCAACAGCCUCGAGCAUUGGCCAUUGGCCAUUGGCACUAAAUAGCAGUUCGAUAAGCUAACAUUAAAGUUAAUAAUUCAACGAGCUGUUUGCAUAAACAUAGGUAAAUAUUUGCUUGACUUGAAGUUGAAUGCUUGCAGAGACUUCGAAGAGGUUCCCUUAAGCUGUUUUUAUGAAUUUAAGCCAGAAGAGCAAGGGGCAUGGUCUCAUCGCGCUCGAUCUGUUAAUUAGUGUCACUAGCCUUUGAGAUGACUAGUCCACAGGCGAGUUUGCCAACUGUACGCUAAUCUAAGGAACUAAGCCUUUAAAUCACUCUAUCUCUCUCUCUCUAUCUCUCUCUCUAUCUCACUCACUCUCCCACUGACCCACUCAUGCUACGGCUCUGUCCCUCUCAGUCACUCACUCUGAGCAUGAUACGCAACGUAUAUCAACAAUUCGUCCAAUAAUUGGAGACUUUCGGCGCCACAAGCUGCCACUGCCAAGUGGCAAGUUGGCAAGGCCAGAGCUCCAAUUGCCAAAAACCCUAAGUGUUAAAAAACAAUGAAACCAAAACGUAAAGAAAACCAAAGCUAAGUCAGAACUCAACUAAGGAUAAGGAUAGUUUAAAAAUCAAUAUUUACAAGCUAGAGAAUAUGAAUCUAGAUCUAUAUAUAUAUAUAUUUGUGUGUAGGCUGAACAUUUUUGCGUAUAUAUAUCGGUGUAUUUAUAUAACUGUAUUGCGAUUACAUAUACAAUAACAUUUUUGCUGUAGUUCGCAUAGCUCGCUUUUAGGCGCUUUUACACGCAAGCGAAUAAGGCCGAGGAGCUCUCAACCUCUCUCAUUUGCUUCAGACAGAUCUCCCCUGCCACUUUACUCCUAAACUAAUUGAUAUUUAAGUAUCAGGUACCUGCCAGAAUCAGCAACAACAACAACAAAAACAAAAACAACCAAAUAAAUAACAAGAUAUGAAUAUACAUAAAUAUUUAUUGAGCAAUUAUGUCUGUGCAAAUAUUUGUGUCCAUUUUAAUUAGAAGAGAGAAUAAUAAAAACGUCGAGAAGAAAGCGAAUUAUUUUUUAGAAAAAACUGGCAAAUCGAUGUCGUCUCCCCGAAAUGUAUAAAUGUUUUAUUAGUGUUUAGUGUGAGAUUCUCUUGCUCUCUCUGUGUGUAGCAACUUUUUCUGCGCCUUUGCUUAAAAACCAAACCACAACAAACAACAGACACGAGUUCGGCUUUAAGCUGAGUGGCCAACAACACUUGACAACAAGUCGAACAGAACACGCAUGAGCUUUUUUGUAGUUCUAUUUAAACAUUUUUAAAUAGCCAAAACCAGUCAACAAGAAAAUCCCAUUGGGCAUUAAUUAAUAUUAAGCUUCUAUCGAAAUAAGCGAUGUAAACGAGCAUAAUUAGUCUAAGAUAAGUGGGUAGAAAAGGCGGCAAGUGAAAAACACAAAUCAAAUCAGAUGGAAAUGCAAAUGAAAAUGAAAUCGAAAUCGAAAUCAAACACGUUGAUGGUAAUUCAGCUGCAUAAAUCAAAAGAGAACAAAACGUCAGCAAAUGCAAUUUGAGCCGGCAGUGUAAUGAAAAUAAAUACCCCACAGGUAGAAUGCAAUUGAAAAUGAGAAAUCAAAACAUUGAAAAUAAA